GGCUGAAGGAAUUAAAACUCGUUCAUGGCCCAGGAGAGAUACACCGUGUGAUUGGCUGGACAAAGACAACCUCAGCGAUUGGCUGAUGAGCUCUCACCCGUACAGUGAAUCUUUCUCCGAUUGGUUCCGGCCUCGAUACCCUCUCUGAUUGGCGGAAUGGGGGUUGCCGUGGCGACGAGUCCGGAGUAUUCGGGGGAGCCGGCACCGCGGCAACGAUGGGGCCGGGGGGCGGCCUGAAGCAGCCCCAGUGCCAUGAAGCCAGGAUCUGCAUGUGCGGGCUGUUGAGCCCGUGCUGGGGCUUCAAAUGAUGCUCAUUCACGGAAUUGGGGUCCCUCUCCCUGGUGCAGGAAGUACCUGGAUGUUCACUCCAUGGACCUCAUCGACAUGGCGCAGACCACAGACGAGCUGAAGAGGGUGCUGGCAGAGCUGUUCCAGCUGCAGGGCUGGGAAUCGGACCCACGGGCCGCCAUCUUGCUGGAUCUCUACUUCUACACGGUGCAGUUCAGCCGGGAGCACAGCUUCACCCGAGAGCAAAGCUCCGCCUUCUUCGCCAUCGUCAAAGACACCCACGAGGCCUGUGUGGAGACACCACUGCCCAAUGUGGAGGAAUGUUACCGCUACUUCACCGAGCUGCUCUUCUGCCACGCCGUGCAGCGGCCUCCAUUCAGCAUCGACCUCUUCAACCAGGAGCAGCUGGCACUCAUGAGCGACUACGUGGUGAACACCUACUUCUGCCACUUCAAGCUGUACAAAUACGCCUUCACACCCCAGGUCCGGCUGGACAUAUCGCUGUCCUACGUGGGAAUGCCGGAGCCGGAGCCUGUGGCCGAGCUGACAGGAGAACUGGCUGAGAGUGUGAUGGUGCCUGUGCCCCCAGCGCAAGAGGAAGAAGCCGACAGUGGAACCACAGCCCCCAGGGAGAGCCCCAGGGCCCUACUGCGGGAAUACAUCUCGGCUCAACUCUGCCAGGAGCUGGCCCAGCUGCGGCUGGAGGUGGAGGAGCAGCUACGGGAGAGCGAGGAGCAGUUCAACACCAAGCUAGCCCUGCUGGAGAAGGUGCCCAACUCCCCCAAGGGGGGCGGCCGGGGCCACCGGAAGUGAGGGGAGAGAAGAGGGCAAUAAAGGACUGCGAUUCUA